GCCAUCCUUAUCCUACAACGUUUCAUUGAAGGGAGAUAAUCAGAACCAUGUCAUCAAAACAAAAAAUUGUUCUGAAUAAUAUCUUUAUAUUUUUUGCAUUCAUUCCAAUAGUAAAGCAAGAACUAGUUUUGUUGCAAGUAUUAUAUCGUCAUGGAGAUAGAAGUCCUGUUGCACUAUACCCUAAGGACCCUAAUACAGAAAAAUCAUGGCCUAUGGGUCUAGGACAGCUUACAAAUGAAGGAAAAGAACAGGAGUAUCAACUUGGGCAGAUAUUAAGAAGACGUUAUGGAGAUAACCUCAAAUUCUUAAACAAAACAUUCAAUGUUAAAGAUGUGUAUGUUCGUAGCACAGAUUAUGAUCGUACAUUGAUGAGUGCCUAUUGUAUGCUAGCGGGACUAUUUCCACCUACAAAAGAAGAUUCAUGGAAUACAAAUAUAACAUGGCAGCCAAUACCUGUACAUACUGAACCAACCAAAGACGAUCAUCUUAUUUAUUUAGAUAAUCCUUGUCCUGUGUUUACGUCUAAGAUGGAGUAUUUUAUGUCACAUGAUCCAGAGGUCCUCCAAGUGAAAAAUGACACACAGGAUUUAGUGAAAUAUGUGGCUGAACAUUCUGGUUUACCAGCGACAUUUCAGGGAAUGAUGAAAAUAUUAGACACAAUAUUCUGUGAGCAAACUCAUAAUAAAAGCCAACCAGACUGGCUAAAUGCAGAGACUUUAAAAAGACUGAAUUAUAUACAGAAAACCUACAAGGUGAAAUGGUGGUACCCUACUCAUGAAAUGGCUGUUUUAAAAGGAGGCAAUUUAUUGAAGAAAAUCUAUGAAGAUAUGCAGACUAAACUGAACACACCAGCAAACCUUACACAGAAAAUAAUGGUUUAUUCUGCACAUGAUUCAACAGUUGCUGGCUUACUUAAAACAAUGAAGAUAUUCAAUGACAGAACUCCUACAUAUUCCUCCUGUGUAAUGAUAGAACUACAUGAUAAUAAUACAGUCAGGAUCUUAUAUAGAAAUGAUACAUUUACAGAUGAUAUUGUCACAUUGACACUUCCAGGUUGCAGCGAGUUUUGUGAUAUAGAUCAGUUUCAUACAAUACUGAAUGAUUCCAUGCCUGCUGAUUGGAGAAAGGCUUGUGGUUUAUCAGAUGCUAAUGAACAAAAUUUUAAGAAUAAUAUACUUGGAUAUUCUGUGAUGGCCUGCAUCAUUUUUCUGUUGAUGUUAUUAGUUGUAACAAUGUGUUGUAUUUACCAACGACAGAGAAAACAAUAUAGAUAUAUGGAGUUACCUACAGACAUGGCAGAGAGUUAAAUGUAACUAUUUGUGUGUUAAAAAGUGCAAUUUCUUUAUUUUAAGUGAUGUAGGAUUCAAUGGCAUAAUGUAUAAGGGUUAAUGUAUAGGACUAAAACUAGUGUUUUGGAUUGAGAUACUUAUAUCAUAGAAAAAUAUUUCUUCUUCCAUCGUAUGGAUAUUGAAAAUCUUACAUUGGAUGAGUGUAAGACAUAAAAAUCUCAAAAUAUAAGGAUAGCUUGUCAAGAUUUUUGUUAAGCAUGUCUAAUAGAAAAAAAUAUAGUAACUUUUCCUGUAGUGUCAAAGAUUUUACUGUCUGGCAGUCUUUCAAUGCUUGAUUCUUUUUCUUACCUAUUCAAUAUUCAAACUAAGCAUUUGCAUUGUCUCCAUAUAUAUAUUGGGUGAUUCACAAAUAUUGUGUACAUACCAACCACAAAUUUAUUUAACUUAAAGUGGAGUCUCACCUAAAGCUGAGGUAAUGAUGCUCUUCCUUAGGGCUGUUCCAGAAAAUACUAUGUCCCCCCCCCCCCCCCC